UCCCUCGCUUUCCUAAAGUCAAUUAUCAGUCUGACUUAAGCUGUUCACUUCCUCACAAUCCCCUUGUAAUCUAAUUUUGCCAAUUUGUGGUUAACCCCGGGAAGGUAUAAAACACAAUCCGGGACAACUAGAAGAUGCCUAUGUGGGGUCAACUGACACAACUGGUGACUUCACACAUUGUUGGCACUGUCCAUUGACUGAAUCUCCAGCAAAGUAGGCAAGUGAAGAUGGUUUGGGAAGGAGGUUUCGAGCCCAAUGGCACAGAGGGCAAGAACUUCUACAUUCCCAUGUCCAAUAGGACUGGAAUUGUUAGAAGUCCCUUUGAAUAUCCACAGUAUUAUUUGGCAGAUCCCAUCAUGUACAAGCUUCUAGCUUUCUACAUGUUCUUCCUGAUCUGUACUGGAACUCCCAUCAACGGUCUGACAUUGUUGGUAACGGCUCAGAACAAGAAGCUCCGACAACCUCUCAACUACAUCCUGGUCAACCUGGCUGUGGCUGGACUGAUCAUGUGCGCCUUCGGAUUCACCAUCACCAUCACUUCUGCUGUUAAUGGCUACUUCAUUCUGGGAGCCACUGCCUGCGCUGUUGAGGGAUUCAUGGCCACGCUUGGAGGUGAAGUUGCUCUCUGGUCACUGGUCGUCCUGGCUAUUGAGAGGUACAUUGUCGUCUGCAAACCCAUGGGGAGCUUCAAGUUCACUGGAACUCAUGCUGCAGCUGGAGUCAUUUUCACCUGGAUCAUGGCUUUUGCAUGCGCUGCUCCACCUCUUUUUGGCUGGUCCAGGUACCUUCCUGAGGGCAUGCAAUGCUCCUGUGGACCCGACUAUUACACUCUGGCUCCAGGCUACAACAAUGAAUCAUACGUCAUCUACAUGUUUGUUGUCCACUUCUUCGUUCCCGUCUUCCUCAUUUUCUUCACUUAUGGAAGCCUUGUGCUGACUGUCAAAGCUGCUGCAGCCCAGCAGCAGGAGUCAGAGUCCACCCAGAAGGCUGAGAGGGAAGUGACCCGUAUGUGUGUCUUGAUGGUCCUUGGCUUCCUGAUAGCUUGGACACCAUAUGCCACUUUCGCUGGUUGGAUCUUUAUGAACAAGGGAGCUUCCUUCACUGCCCUAACAGCAGCUAUUCCAGCCUUCUUUGCCAAGAGCUCAGCUCUUUAUAAUCCUGUUAUCUAUGUGCUGAUGAACAAACAGUUCCGUAACUGCAUGCUGAGCACUAUUGGAAUGGGUGGCAUGGUGGAGGAUGAGACCUCAGUGUCUACCAGCAAGACAGAAGUUUCUUCUGUGUCUUAAUCACAAUGACAUCCUCAAAUCUGUGGACAUUUUCCUUACUGAUUCCAGUUUUUAAAAUGAUACAGUGGAAAAAUCAAAAUCUUGAACUUUUGCCAAAUGGAUUUUUGGAUUUGAUGAAUGGAUUCUGGACCAAACACUCUGAGGAUUUCUAUCUCAACUGUUAAUAUGUACAUGUUAAAAAUGCAUUCACUGUGGAGAUCUGUGUGUCUGUUGAGUGCAAGAGUAUAUGCACUGGUGUGAAUGAACUGUGACUCACUGUACAGCUGCUAAAAACACUUCAUCUCUCAAGUCAAUCUAAACCUGGUGAAAUGUGACAACACUUUCUGCUACGAUGUGUAAUCAGUCACAUGUGCUGUAUUUUCAU